GUGGUUUGGGGCCUCUCAAAGAGAGAGCACACUGGGAAUGCCGUGUGGCUGGCUUUUUAUGAGUCUGGUAGGUUUGUCCGAGCUGGACUCCAUGAUUUCCAUCAUGUGUGGUGGUGAGGGGAAUUGGAAGCAGGUGCGACUUGCAAAUCAAAGUCUCAAAUUAUGUGCAAGACCAAAAAGAGUGCACACCGCUACAUGCGUGCCUGUGUGUCUCCCUCAUGCCCUCUUUGCCGUCUUUCACUAUCCACAAGUCGUUCCCUUGCGUGGAGAUGCACAACACUGUAGUCUGUAUGUACUUGUCUUACCGCGUGCAAGAGUCGAUUCGGAAUUUUGGAGACAGACCAGGACAGAACGACGGGUUCGUUUGGUUUAUAUUGGGAGACACUGAGGGGGAAGGGGGCCCCGGGAAGCCGGCGGCCAUCAUGCACAUCGCGGCCAAUUGCAAAAUAGAAAUGCUCGAUCGGCCCCGAACCGCAUCUCGGAAUUUCUCCCACACGGUCGAGAAAGCCGCCCCUCCCUCCCCGUCCCUGCAUGUCGGGAAGAGGCCCACUGCUGUCCUGUAUCCAUACCGUACUUGUCGUCCAGUGAAGACGCGACAGACGGUGGAUUGGUUCCUGGCUUGGUGGAGUUGUCUCGAAGGAGUGGCUGGCUGCUGCCGAGCCCCUGUCAUCUGCCUUCCCAAUAAUUCCCAUCCAAUGGUCUCAUGCGGUUGCACGCGAAGACUCCAAUCGCCCCGUGCGGCCCCUGAAUCCGGCAGGCUGGCGACUUGUUCGUUUGCCUUUUCUCUUUGUUCCUCCUGGAUUCCUUGGAAUCGCGAUUUGUUCGGGUUUUUUUCUUCUUCUCUUCCUUCAGGUGCAGGCAGGGAAACAGUAGGCAGGCUUCUGGGGCCGACGACACUCAUUUUUUGUUUCUUCUCACGUUCUCUUCACUCUUUCAAUCUCACUCUUUCUGAACACACACGCACAUCUCACGAUCCCGGCCAGCAGAAGAUCUGUACCACUCUUUUCUCCAUAUUGCGUUUGCAAAGUCGCUCAUUCUUCUCCAAUCGAACGGGUAAGGGGAAACUGGCCACGCCAGCCAAACGCUUCUCCACACGGCGAUUCGCACUUACCGACGUCCACUACCACCACACUCGUUUGGGGGCAUUGAUACCGUUCACUCGUUCAGUCCGGCGCUGCGCUGCACGAAAACCUGGGGCAGAGUGCGAAUCCACCCUGGAAUAGCACCCUCGCACAAAGGCAUUUUGUUUCACGCGGUACCGAACCUGACGACUU